GGCAGGUUAAUUUCAUCGUGUCCAAAGAUGGAUGUGCUGAUUAGUGGGGUGACUGUCCCUUGUUUGGUGGAUACUGGUUCCAUGGUUUCCACCAUUACAGAGAGCUUCUUUUUGAUGCAUUUUGCCCCUUGGGGACAAGAACGCCUUCAGUCAUGCCAUUGGUUACAGCUUCGGGCUGCCAAUGGGCUUGCCAUUCCUUACAUUGGCUAUUUGGAGCUCAGUGUACUCCUGUGUGGCAAGGAAAUGCCCUCUUGUGGGAUCCUCAUAGUGAAGGACCCUCCUGGUGCCAUGCCCUCUGUUCCUGGUAUUUUAGGAAUGAAUGUCAUCCGUCGCUGUUAUCAAGAGCUGUUUGGGGCUUUCGGUGGCUCCUUGUUUAAUUCUCCUUCUGUGUCACAGGCACCGAGACCAGUUUUGGAGGCCUUACAUCAGUGUCACCAGUCUGCAGCCCAAGCCCCAGAGGACCGUGUUGGUACCGUCAAGGUACAGGGCCCGCGGGCCGUGCGGAUACCUGGUGGUGUCAUGCAGCUGGUGGCCACCACUUGUUCACAGCAGUUGUCAGGCCAGUCUGUGCUUUUCGAGCCUCCUGAGUCCGGGCUGCCAGUUGGGUUGCUGGCCUCUCCAUGUUUGGUCCAGGUGGAUAAGGGUGUUGCCUAUAUCCCAGUCACUAAUGUGGGAACAGCUGAAGCGGUCCUCCACCCACGGACCCAUUUAGGAGUGAUCAGCCAAGCUACUGUUGUUAGCCUCCCUGCUGGUGUUAGUGAGGAACACUCUUUUCCCGCCACAGUUUCCUCCCAUCCAACCAGCAGCCCUGCUCAAGACAUGGUGGAUGCGAUUGACCUGUCUGCUCUCACUGAGUCAGAGCAACAUGAGGUACGGUUACUUUUGCAGAAGUACCGCUCUGUUUUCUCCACUCAUGAGGGAGACUUGGGCUGCACGAACCUUAUCUCGCACGAUAUACCUCUGCUUGAUGACGUACCCGUCCGGCAGAGGUAUAGGCGGAUUCCUCCUUCUGAUUAUGAGGCCGUCAGGGCCCAUAUCAAUCAGCUAUUGGAGGCCCAGGUAAUCAGGGAGAGUAGCAGUCCGUAUGCCUCCCCCAUUGUGUUGGUCCGCAAGAAGGAUGGAAGUCUCCGUUUGUGCGUUGACUAUCGUUUGCUGAAUAGCAAAACGAGGAAGGACGCCUUCCCGCUACCUCGUAUUGAGGAGAGUCUGGAUGCCCUUGCUGGCGCACGCUGGUUCUCUACCAUCGAUCUGGCCAGUGGGUAUAACCAGGUGCCAGUUUCUGAGCAGGAUAAGCCUAAGACCGCUUUUUGCACGCCGUUUGGCUUGUUCGAAUGGAAUCGAAUGCCAUUCGGGCUGUGCAAUGCUCCUGGUACCUUUCAGCGCCUAAUGCAGCGGAUGUUCGGGGAUCAGCAGUGUCAGUCGCUACUGCUGUACCUGGACGACAUCAUUGUGUUUUCCUCGUCCGUUUCUCAGCAUCUGCAACGGCUAGAGAUGGUGAUGAAAAGGCUGCAGCAAGAGGGGCUUAAGGCUAAGUUAGAAAAGUGUACCUUUUUCCAGCCAAAGGUCAACUACUUGGGUCAUGUCAUCUCGUGUGAGGGCGUCUCCACCGAUCCAGCCAAGGUUGACGCAGUAGCCAAGUGGCAGUGUCCUCGUUCCGUGUCAGAGUUGCGAUCCUUUUUGGGUUUCGCCAGCUAUUAUCGGCGCUUUGUGGAGGGGUUUGCCACAUUGGCGGCUCCCCUGCAUCAAGUGGUGGCUAAAUUGGCUGGCACCAAGACAAAGAAGGGCUCGGGACAGAGUUUGAGUGCUAUCUGGACACCUCAGUGUGAGGAGAGUUUUGAGGCCCUGAAAGCCAAACUUGUGUCUGCCCCUGUGCUGGCGUAUGCUGAUUUCACACGUCCAUUCAUAUUGGAGAUUGACGCCAGUCACAGUGGCUUGGGUGCAGUCCUCUCCCAAGAAGUAGAGGGUGUUGUCCGGCCAGUGGCUUAUGCCAGUCGAGGUCUCCGGCCCCAUGAGCGCAAUAUGGACAAUUACAGCUCUAUGAAGCUGGAGUUUCUUGCGCUCAAGUGGGCCAUGGCCGAGAAGUUUCGGGAGUACUUGCUGGGGCACAAGUGUGUGGUUUACACUGAUAACAAUCCACUCAGUUACCUCUCUUCAGCUAAGCUGGGUGCCACCGAGCAGAGGUGGGCCUCCCAGCUGGCGGCAUUCGAUUUUGAGAUUAAGUAUCGCUCAGGCCGCAGUAAUAGGAAUGCUGAUGCGCUCUCCCGACAGUAUGAGACGAGCGCUAGCCUGGUCGAGGGCGUGUCGCUUGGGACUCCCAUCCCGGCCUCGCUUCAGCAGGCUCAUUGUCCAGAGGUACGGCCAGCCGUUACUCAGUUAAAGAUUGGGGCUUUCCCGUCUCAUUCUCCGGGGGAUAUCCGUGCUUUGCAGGAGGCUGACCCCCUCCUGAAAGGGUUCCUGGUAUACUGGAGGAGGCAGUCCCCGCUCUCUUCGGAGGAAAGGAGUCAGCUCCCCAAACCAGUCAUGGUUCUGCUGCGUCAGUGGGAUCGUCUGGUGGAGAAGGAUGGCAUCCUUUAUCGCCGUAUUUUGCGUCCGGGUGGAGGUGAGGAAGCCCUCCAACUUGUUCUUCCAGAGGCUCUGAAGCCUGGGACCUUGAGGCAGCUGCACCAGGACCAUGGGCACCAAGGUAUUGAGCGUACCACUGAACUGGUCAGGCAGCGUUGCUAUUGGCCCGGGAUGUCCUCUGACAUCAAACAAUGGGUUCAGCGUUGUGAACGCUGUCAGGUCGCGAAGGACUCAGAGUUGGGGCCUCAUAGUUAUAUGGGCCACCUGUUGGCAUCCAGGCCAAAUGAAAUUCUGGCCAUAGAUUUCACACUGUUGGAACCUUCUCGUAGUGGAGUCGAAAACGUCCUGGUCAUGACUGACGUUUUCAGCAAAUACACUGUCGCAGUCCCUACCCGGGACCAGCGGGCCUCUACUGUGGCCCAGGUCCUAUUGACGGAGUGGUUUUUUAAGUUUGGCGUUCCUAGCCGCCUCCACUCUGACCAGGGUAGAAAUUUUGAGAGUCUGGUGAUGCAACAGUUAUGUGAGUUGUAUCGGGUAGCUAAGUCCCGUACAACCCCCUACCACCCAGCGGGUAAUGGGCAGUGUGAACGGUUUAACCGAACCCUCCAUAACCUCCUUCGGACCCUGCCAUCAUCGCGGAAACGCGACUGGGCUGCAUGCUUACCACACGUGCUCUUUUGCUAUAAUAGCACGCCCCAUCAGGGCACUGGAGAGUCGCCCUUUUUCCUGAUGUUUGGCAGGGAUCCUAGGCUGCCUAUUGAUUUCCUUCUAGGCCGGGUUCAGGACCCAGUGCCUGGAGAGGUUCAGGACUGGGUGGCCGAGCAUCAAGCCAGGUUAAUGGUGGCUUUUGAGGGAGCUCGGGCACGGUUGUCGCUGGCUGCUGACCGUCGCAAGGAGCGCCAUGACCAGAGAGUCCACCCUGUUCCUUUAAAGGUCGGUCAGCUGGUGUAUCUUCGAGAUCACAGCGCCCGGGGCCGGCACAAGAUCCAGGACCUAUGGAGCUCUGUGGUCUAUCAGGUGUUGAGGGCACCCCAAGAGAAUGGGGCUGUUUACACCAUUGCCCCCGUGGGAGACUUGGAGAAGGUUCGACAUGUCCAUCGCGACAUGUUGAAGGCACAGGUCAGCCCAGGACCUCCUGCACCUGGUCCACAGGCUCCACCCCCGCCUGUGCCUGCUGACUCGGAGCGGACCUCUCUGAGUGAUGAUGAGUUGUGGCUCCUUGUCCCUGAGGUACCUUCACAACCUGUGGCACCUGUGGCGUCAUCUUCUGAUGCCUCUAGAGUUCCAUCGGUGGAGCUCAGGUCUACUCCCAGUGUGAUUGUAGCACCCUCGACCUCUGCUCCCCCAGGUUCUUCCUCAGGCUCUGUUGAACAGUCUGAGGUGAGUGGGCCACGCUUGCGGAGAACGGCACGUUCAACAGCUGGUCAGCACUCCAAUGUACAUCACUUGCCACGUCCUGUUGAAUCUGCACCAGUCGCUAAUGCUCAGCUUGCCGUAUUCAGGCCAUGGUGUUAGGUUUCUUGAGUUAUUGUCGGGGCGCCAAUACAAAAAGGGGGGGUAGAUGUAGCCGGAUGGGCUACUCGCCUUUCUUUUCUCUCUCUCGCUCGCCCGCUCUACUGCUCUCGCUCUCUCCUGCGCUCGCUCUCACUGCAAAACUAGGUCAAUUGGGAACCCACCUGCAUGUUGAUUGCAGGCUGGCAUCAGGUAUAAAGCAAAGCCUGUGCUUCUCUGAACUAUUCCUCCCAUGCAUUCAGCACAAAGCAGUAGUAAAUGCUGGCACUCUGCGACGGACUGAUCGGCAAGAGUAGAUCAUAUGACAGCCACAGCGCGGCAGGUUGUUUUGUUCCGGCGUUGCGGAGAGAGGUGCUUGUGUGAUCCUCCACCAGUGAGAGUAUAGCGCCUCCGGUCCUGG